AUGGUACACGACGGCAGCGCGCGGCCGGAGCGCGAGGCGUCGGUGCACGGGCGCGCGCGCACGCUGCGGGUGGCCGGCGACCGGCGCGCGCCCGCCCGCGCCGCCGCCGCGCUGCUGGCCGCCGGCCUGCGCCACCGCCUGCGCUACCGCCGCGUGCAGCUCCACCUCCACGACGCCUACUCGAGCCUGUGCUCCUUCGCCAAGCUUAUGCAGACUCAUUGUCAGAACAUAGACGUCUCGGACGAUUUUUAUAACUACCUGGUGCUAUCCCCCGCCGUAGCGUGGAGCGGCAGGCGGUGCUUGAGCCUGGUGUGGUGCCGGGGCAGCACGGAGGUGGCGCCGCGGCUGGCGGCGGCGGGGCGCGGCGCGGCGCCGGCCCGGCUGCUGCUGCACGUGCACCUCACCGCGCGAGCGAGCGCGCGCCGCUGCGAGAACGCUGUGUUCUGGGAGUUCUACGCCGAUCACUCUAAUUUUCUCGAAUGCGAGUUUGUCCGAGGCAACAAGUCACUCAGGGUCACUGUAUACACUUCAAAUGGAACGCUGGAAUGGAAGAAAAUAAACGAGAUAUACCGUGACAUCGUUGCCACAAAGCUGCAAUUGAAUGUAAUCAUACUUGGUGAAGACGCGGAUCUACGAAGCGAGUUAUUCCAAUUACUUAAGAAACGAAACUCAUCAUUUCUAUUCAUAGAUUACGACCUGUGGAAUAAUAUGACAGGAGUAUACAAAGUACAGCCACCACCUUUUAAUACUUCGAUAACGCAUGAUUCCACACGGACAAUACGUGUCGCCGACGAUCGCGUGCUGCGACAAUUCGCACCUCAAGUUAUGCAAGGAUUGCAAGUUUUCUCGCCCACUGCCAUAGAUUUACGAGAAAUUCUCGAAAUCGAAGCCACCACACCGCAAGUUGGAAUAGAAGAAGCGGCAUGCUCCUGGGCGAGUAAAAAUAAAGCAAAGUUUGAUUCUUGGUUUCAAAUCGAUUAUAAAUCUCAACACACCAUCGCUAUAUUUCUUUGCGAAAACGACCCAGAUCAAGAAGAGUACAAGAGAGCGGCAUGGGCGAUACAAAACAUCCACAGUACUGAUUCACAGCUAAAUAUAGGACUUAAUUUUGUGAAGAUCGACUGUGGAAGUGCAUCUCAUCUGAGUAACGAAUUUAUGAAGAUAUCCAUGUCGGCCGGGUGGCAGCGGCUGAUCGGCGCUGUGGUGGCGGGCGCGGGCGAGGGCGCGCGCGCGGCGGCGGCGCUGGCGCCGGGCGCGGAGACGGCGCUGCUGCUGGGCGCGCUGCCGGCGGCGCGCGUGCGCCUGGGAGCGGCCGCGCGCGCCUCCAGUGGCACCCUGCAUCAACUCGCUAUUGCUAUACAGCAUUUUCUCGACAUGUACCAAUGGAAUCGCCUCGCCGUACUGUCUGAUGAUACCGAAGUCGCAAAAGAUCUCGUUGAAUCUUUGAGCGACAAAGGCCGACUUAAGGUCCACAACGUCUUUGUGAGCGGCAACAUAUCGGAUAUUUUGGAGUCACUUCGAAAUCUAAAUUCACGUAUCUUCUUUAUAAAUACUGGUCCAGAUGCGGUUCAAGAUAUUUUCUGUGCUGCGAAUAGAUUGAGCAUGACGGACCCCUUAAAAUAUGUGUGGAUACUGCGGGAAAGGCGCGCAGUUGAUCUGAAUUGCGGAAAAGAUUUUCCCCAGAAACACACCCACUUUACAAUUUCAUAUUGGUGGCGAGGGGGCAAUAAUACGCAAUCUUUAUCAGUUACAGCAAAUGAGCAAAAUAAAACGAAAAACAUUCUACGCAGUACCUUGGAUCAUCUGUGGCACGGAAACACAUGGCCUCCACUGGCCGCACCAUUGGUUGAUUCUUUAGAAGUACUCAUAAAGAGUUUCAAAACAUUUACUCAAUCUCAUCCAGACAAAUAUUAUGAUUUGCACGGCGAUGGGUCUGCUGGAUUACUUUUAAACAGCCUCGAACAUCAACAAACAGAUGGAGUAAUGCAAAAUUUACACUUUGUGAACGGUACACUAUCUGAGCCGCUCGUUUUUGUGGACAAGUGGGUUGGUAACCGACGAGAGCCUAUCUUCAUAUGGCGCAUCCAAGAUGGUCACGUGGAGCCCAUCACUAAUGCUACUUAUGGUGUUCAAUAUCCCUCCGAUGGAACUGAAUUUUGUUUAACUAACCCUCAUAAUGACUCAUUCGUUCCAUCUUGCCACGAUUCCAUAUAUUUAUCCGCAUUAGGAUUCCUAAUUGUAGCCACUCUUGCAUUAUGUUUGUCGCGAAGAUUAAGACUAAAGCGUCUGGCGAAAAAAGACUCUCUUCUUAGGGCGCAGCUGCUGGCGCAAAGAGAAUGUAUGUCGAGCGAGCUCGCCGACCACUACGUCGAUCGCGCCGCCCUAGAGUUAUAUGACUAUCUUGGACAAGGGUGCUAUGGGCGUGUGCGAUAUGCAAUCUUUCGAGCACCUGAGCGUCAACCAAUCUCCGUGGCCGUCAAGGAGCUGCGCGACGACGUUCCACUGACAGAGGAGAGCGAACUGUUGCGGGAGGCGUGCACGCUGGCGACGCUCUGCCAUGACCACAUAGUGCGGCUUAUCGGCGUGUGUGCUACGGAUGGACCGCUUCUUGUGCUGUUAGAAUACGCAUUCUUCGGUAAUCUCUGCGAGUAUCUGUGCGAGAGGCGCCACCUCGCCGAACGUGCCAUGAUUACAGACGUCGAUGAAAAUGACGAAGCAUAUCACGUGUCCGCUCCAUCCCUGAACAGGAUGGCUAGAGAGAUCGCCUCUGCGCUCGCGUACCUCGCACUCAAGAAGAUCGUGCACCGCGACGUUCGGGCGAGCAACUGCCUCGUAGACGCUCGUCGUUCAUUGAAAUUGGCCGAUUUUGGGUUGGCUAGGAAGACCGGGACGGGCGUCACUGGCGAGGAGGAGUACUCGUGCCGACGAAGAGGAAUGUUCCCGGUGCUCUGGAUGGCGCCGGAGAGCUUCGACCGCGGCGUGUUCUCGGCGGCGUCGGACGCGUGGGCGCUGGGCGUGCUGCUGCUGGAGCUGGUGUCGCUGGGCGCGCGGCCCUACGGCGCCUGGCCGCCGGGCCGCGUGCUGCAGUACGUCAGCGCCGGCGGCCGCCCGCCUCUCCCGCCGGACGUGUCCGAAACCACACGGCAGCUGCUGGUGAAGCUGUGGCGGCGCGCGCCGGAGCUGCGGCUGUCGGCGGCGGCGCUGCUGGCGCGCCUGGAGGCCGACGCGGCGGCGCUGGCGCCCGCGCUGGCGCCCGCGCCGCCGCCCGCCGACGAGCUCUGCCCGGCGCUCGGCGACGACGACGAAGCCACGCGGAUACCUUCAAGAACUAAAAACUCGCUAGCGACGGCGUUCAAUGUAAACGGGCACUAA